UGUCAUUGAGUGUCAUUUUUCCGGAAAGUUGUCGUAUUAAUGACACAACAAGUGUACUCAAAUUAUUCAAUGCAAAGAAAUUUUCAAUUACUAAAAAAAUUGCUAUGAAUAUAUAAGGAAAUCAGAUAGUUUCAUCAUGUUUUCGUUCCGUUACAUACUUCGAGUUGGAGCUAAAUUGGCCCUAACGAGAGAAUCUAUAAAUUUACAUCAAAUAUCACCGAUUUCUAUGAAUUAUUUUGAAAUACCUUUUUAUAAGAAUACCCUUAUUCGAACAAAGACUAAUCUUUCUGGAUCAUCGCAAGAGAAUGUCGAAAACAGUUGUACUAAGCAGCCGCUUGGUAAGCUUGAAGGAAAGCUCAAAGUGAUGUUUACAUGUAAAAAAUGCAAAUUCAGGAAUGGAAAAAUUAUUUCUAAAGUGGCCUACGAACACGGAAUAGUUAUAAUUCGAUGCGAUGGUUGUAAAAAUAAUCAUUUAAUCGCUGACAAUAUAGGAUGGUUCCCAGAAAUGCGGAAAACGAGAAAUAUAGAGAAAUUCCUAGCCGCAAGAGGAGAGACUGUUAAAAAAGUUCAAAAUGACAUUGAUGGGUACAUCGAAAUCGUUACCAAAGCAGAACUCGAUUUAUUGGAACAGAAUAAAAAUCAAGCAAAACUAAUUCAAGAAGAGAGUGAAAUUUGUAUUCAGAAGAAGAAAGCUGAUACUUCAGAGUCAUAGGAAACGAAUA